AUGCCAGUUAUCACGGCGCAGAUGCGACAAAUUUUAUCACCGAUGAAAAAAUCGGUGCAAGUACUCCGUCGGAUGGCGGAUGGUGACCCGACGAGUACAUCCGAUUUCUUGUCGGCCCAAUUUCAGAAUCCGGGAGAUAUACUCUCUGUUUUACUUUUACUCGGCCAUGAAGUUGUGCAUAAAGCUAUCGCGCAGCUGGCCGGAGCUGGACCGCUGACUCCAGUUGCAUUCUCGUAUGGCUGGGUGGCAUAUGCUGCUACUGCCCUGCUGGCUGCUUUCUCAGACGGGAAGUUAAUGCCAUCGACGGAUACGCAAGAGCCGCUGAUAAUUUCGCCGACUACCGGACAUCAUAGGACGACAAGAAAUUGGGUCAUCAGUCGACUCCUAAGAGAUCUAGAAUAUAGCUUCGACGCGAGCACUGAAAACGAGGCUAGCCACCCUGACCCCAAUAGCACCGAGGAAGUUAAGUUGGCACCUGGACAAACACGUUGGGAACCUCUCCGGGUUUCUGUAUUCGAAGUCGACAAAACUCGAGAGCCUGGUGUACCGAUCCGCGAUUGUAUUUGGUUCUGCGGCGUCGGUGUUAUAUUAGUGCAACUGGUAGUAUCUACGAUUCCUUGGAUCCGCGAUGGUGAAUGGGGUCCGUUUAUCGUCACUGGGGCGGGUACAGUCCUCGCGCUGAUCUCGGGCAGUUUAUCACAGUUCCGAAAGGAAAAGUGGGCUUGCCCUCGGGAUGGUGGUGACGCCGUUAUCUUGACGAGAGGUAACGGAAGUAGACAUGCGGUCCUCAUUCUCCGCUCGAAGGUGAGCCCUUCGAAGUCCUCGGAGCCGACUACUGAUGUCAGCCGUGGUCUUGAUUUCGAGAUUCUAGCAGAGGGCUCGCGCCCACAAUUUAAAAUAAACAGAAACGCCGACUGGGAAACGAUACGGCCAUCGGAGAUCACACGAGGGGCUGUUGCGAUUCAGGCUUUCUUCUGGGUUUUACUUCUAAUCUGCACGUCGGGCUUAAAAGAAAAUACAUGGUAUCUAUUGGGAAUCGGCUUGCUUGGGAGUAUCCAAAAUGUGAUUGCUGCAAGUGCCAUUCGCGAGCCAGGUACCUAUGGAGUGCACCUCAACUUCAAGGAAAAGAUUACAGGCAGAUCAGUUCGCGAAGUUUUGAAGGCUACUGAGGAGAAAUACGAGUUCGCCGGGUUAUCACUCGUGGAUAUCUUCUUCCCAGGGUCGAUGCGAGUUAAAGACAGUGCUGAGAUAGCCUUUUGGCGUGAGGUUCAGGAUAAAAGAAAUGGCGAAAAUGCCUUUGGACAUCGCAUCGAUAGCUUACCACACUAG